UUGAAUCAACCAUAUUUGCCUCAACAAAAAACAAAUAAAAGUAGUUACGAAAUCUGUUCUUUUCUCUCUCCACUGCAAAUAUGGCUUUGAAGGCUGUUCACGUCUCCGACGUUCCCAAUCUUGAUGCCACAUUGGCUCUCUGUCCCACUCUCUUCUCUAAUGAGAUUGAAGGCGAUGUUGGUGAUCAUGGUACGACGUCGUUCGAGCUGCCCAACAAGUUUGUGGUGAUGGGACACAGAGGGAGUGGAAUGAACAUGUUGCAAUCGCCUGAUCGGAGAAUGAAAGCCAUCAAAGAGAAUUCAAUUCUCGCCUUCGACGCUGCCGGAAAAUUCGCCCUUGACUUUAUUGAGUUUGAUGUUCAGGUCACAAAAGAUGACUGUCCAGUCAUUUUCCAUGACAGCUUCAUCCUCACUAAAGAAAAGGGUGCAAUAACCGAGAAAAGAGUUACAGAACUCACUCUAGUGGAGUUUCUUUCCCAUGGACCCCAAAAGGAGCCCAAAAUUGUGGAAAAGCCUCUAUAUAGAAAAACUAAAGAUGGGAGAAUUUUCGAAUGGAAUGUCGAAACCGAUGCUCCUCUAUGCACAUUGCAAGAGGUUUUCCAGGAGGUGGACCAUUCAUUGGGUAUUAACAUUGAAUUGAAAUUUGAUGAUAACAUAGUCUACAAAGAGGAAGAACUAGUGAAUGUUCUUCAAUCAAUAUUGAAGGUGGUCUUUGAGUAUGCCAAGGACAGGCAUAUAAUUUUCUCAAGCUUUCAACCAGAUGCAGCCCAACUGAUGAGGAAGUUGCAGACCACCUAUCCUGUGUUUUUCCUCACUAACGGAGGAUCUGAAAUUUGUGUGGAUGUGAGAAGGAAUUCUUUGGAUGAGGCAAUAAAUCUCUGCUUGGAAGGUGGCUUGCAGGGUAUUGUUUCUGAGGUCAGAGCCAUCUUAAGAAAUCCAGGAUCCAUAACAAAAAUUAAAGAAUCCAAGCUUUCCCUCCUAACUUAUGGUCAAUUGAACAAUGUGCCGGAGGUGGUAUACGCGCAACAUUUGAUUGGUGUCGAUGGUGUAAUCGUUGAUUUGGUUCAAGAGAUCACGGAGGCAGUGUUGGAUUUCAUCAAACUAGCCAAGGAGGGUGAAGGGAGUUUGUUUCGAGACAAAGGAGAAAUGCGAGGAAAAACAAAGCUCCAAUUCUCACAGCAUGAGCCCUCAUUUCUUUUGAAGCACAUACACGAGUUGAUAAAGUCCUGAAGUCAAAAAAUACAUUAUUGGGAUGUGGCCUAAUAGUACCUCCUUUUCUUUUAAAGUGAAAGGCAGGGUUUGGAAGUUUUUCCAAUAGUGUUGUGAGAGUAGCGUUGUGUUCAUUUAUUUUAUUUUUUUUUUGAAGUAGAUGUUUACUUAAACAACCUCCUCAAAUGAAUACUCUAAUCCUUCAUGAAAACUUUUUAAA